GCACACAUGCUCAUAGCCGGCCAAUGUAAUGGAAGCGCAAACGUGUUUCUGUCAACGAGCGUAAUAAAGAGUACGAGGAGACACGACCCCCGCUGUAGCCCCUUCCUUUAAUAAAAGCACAGCAGGAACAAACCCCGGACGGGACGGCCACUUGCGGCGCUGUAGGUACGCGCCUGGAGCCUCGGGAACACCAAUACAAGACACGGGCACGCGCCGGGAGGAGAGAGCGAGCGAGCGCGACCUGCGGGGGUCCACAGGCGCCGACAGGCCCUCCAACCCCCCGGCACACAGCGGACCGACAGACCGCACGGACUUCCCACGCCGGGCUCCCCUCGGGAUGCCCCCCGGCCACGCCAGCUGAACGUGAGGGGCGGGGCCAGUGCCUGCCUUUAAAUGAAAAGCGGAGAGGAAGCGCAGCAGUCCUGAGGAGAGGCAGGCAAGCAAGCAGUGCUGGGGGGCACGCGGGCGGAGGCUCCUUUUAGGGACUUCUCUUUCUUUUUCUUUUUAACUCUUUGGUUCUUUUUAAGCGAAGACGCCCAGUCGACAUGGUGCUGCUGCUUCAGCGGUGUCUGGUGUUUCGCAGCCUCCUGCGGAGUCCCCGGGGUGUGAGCGGAUCGCACGCCGCUAAGGAGAGUCCAGCCGUGGCAUGGGCUGCAGAGAGAGGCCGCCAGCCUGUCCGCGGGUGCCUCCGCCUGGACUCGUACAGCACCAAGUCGGGCAUCGCCGGAGUGGCAGAGCGAACUCUGAUUGCGGUGAAGCCUGAUGGCGUUCAGAAGCGGCUCAUCGGGCAGAUCAUCCAGCGCUUCGAGCAGAGGGGCUUCAAACUGGUGGCCAUGAAGUUCCUCAAGGCCCCCGAGGACCUCCUGGCGCGUCACUACCACGACCUCCACAAGAAGCCCUUCUACCCAAACCUUCUGCGCUACAUGAGCUCCGGGCCCGUCGUGGCGAUGGUGUGGGAAGGCCACAACGUCAUCCGCACCUCCCGCCUGAUGGUCGGGGACACCAAUCCGGCCGAAGCUCUGCCAGGGACGGUCCGGGGGGACUUCAGCGUGCACAUCAGCAGGAAUGUGGUUCAUGCCAGUGACUCAGUGGAUGGUGCCCAGCGGGAGAUCCAGCUCUGGUUUGACCGGCGAGAGCUUGUGGACUGGGAGUGCUGCGACCACAGCAACACCUACCAGGUGUGAGGAGCCCAGUGGCACAGGGAGUGGAUGGCAUAGGACAAGAGACAAUGGCUACCUCCACGGGUGUGCCACUCCCUCGCGCAGUGGGCAGCCUUCCUCCUUCACGUGACCUAAACUCACCAAAGACCACCUGCCAAAACAAUGAAACUGCACAAGUGGGCCACGUCUGCCACCAAAGCUGUGCCCGGUGGGCCCCAUUUCUGUCUGCACGACGUGGCAUCGCUGCCACUUGACGACGGGUCAGUGGACGAGCCCCUCUGUGAUUUUAAGACAAUAAAUUAAUGGUUUGACAAAGUGCCCCCUUUGAUGAAUGCCAUCUUUCAGCGCUGGUAAGGUGCCUGCGGGCCCAGUCUGGUGCCACCUCUUCAGAUCUUCUGGCCCUUGGCAGCGAGCUGCUUCGUCUUUUAACUACCUCUCCGUAUCGUUUUAUAGUGCCUUUCUCAGUGGGUACCCUCGCGUGUCGGGGGACCGCGCCAUUGGCCGUUACCAGCAGUGUCUUCAGGAUUGGCAUGCAGCAUCUGCUUCGUGACAGCCUUGCUUUGGUGCCCAUUGACUGCCCUGCUUUAAACCUCUGUGCCAGUCCACACCUGGCACUUGAGAGGGCAUCUUGGUAAGACAUGGACUUGUCCGUACCAGCAACAGCAGCUCUUAUCAAGAGGGGCUACAAUGGGCAGUGGGCACUUGAGGGGGAUAGGAAAGGAUAAAGUGGUUGAAGUUAACGGUGCCCUUUUGUGUGGCGGGCAGGGCAGGGUGGUCCCGGUGUGUCCCGUCGUCCAUCUUGUAGAUGAGCUGCAGACUCACGUGGGGGUCAAGCGACUCAUCUUUGUGUUUGGCCAGCCACCCGAUGCUUUCAUUCUUCCACUGGACAAGCUGGUAGAGGGCAGGCUGUGGGCACUCUGCCCAGUCUCGACAGGUGGGGUCUUCUGGUACGCCUGAUUAUGUGGGACCCCUUUGUGUCAUCCCAUCUUUGCCCCUCUGGGCACUCGGCCUGGUCAGUCGCCAUGUCUGAGGCCUUCGUGGGCACCAAAGGACCACUGCAGUGCCCGGUCACCGCCUACCUGAUGGUUUUGUACGUUGAGCCUAAAAAAUAAAAAGUCAUGUGACUCCCUGACACCACAA